CAAACUUCUCUUUCAUGAAUUCUCAAUCAAUGGUUUGAUCCAAGGCGACAUGGCGAUUCCACUCCUUUUAAGCACCGGUGUGAAUGCAUUGGAUGUUAUUAUCGCCAUUUUCGGAAGCGUCCUCAGCAUCUGUGCGGGGACGUAUAUCUUCACUCAAUCGCGCUUCUGGCUACAAUCACGAGGCAAUGCAGGUCGCUUUGAGGGGCGUGAACCAUUAACUUUGCCAUAUUCAAUCCCAUACCUCGCGGGCUUUCCUCGAUUGUUAAAUCCGCAUGCUAUGUACGAAUAUGCAUUGCGCAAAGCACCUCAGAACGCACCAGUGCAAUUAUCAGUGGGGCCCAUUUCAAUCUACGUUCUCUUCGGAGACAAGAACAUCAAAAUGAUUUUCAAAAACUCCAAAGUCCUGAGCAAAGACUCCUCCUCAAGACUCAUCAUGAAAAGCUCAGGCAUGAAGCCCGAAGACGUCCGUAUCUUCAGCAGCGAUAGGUCAGGUAUUGGCAUCGCCCCGAAAACAUCCAUCUCGGAAGAGAAGCGCAUUUGGAAAAAGACGCACGAGACCGGAGUCAGCCAUCUUUCCAGCGGACCAGCCGUCAACCAACUCACCAAUGGUUUCAUGGCCACUUUCAUCAAAGAGCUGGAUAAGGAGCCGCAAGGACAUUCGUUCACGGUCCCGCUGUGGGAUUAUGUUAAGAAAGCUAUGUUCGUCGCGUCGACUACUGCUCUUGCUGGACAGGAGAUUUUUAGGGUUAAUCCGGACUUGGUCAAGACUUAUUGGCAUUACGACGAGUCGUUUCUUCUGAUUGCUCUGGGUCUUCCUAAGUUGAUUUAUUGGCAAGGACACGCGCGACGGGACCGUAUGCUUGAGUCAGCGGAGCGAUGGCUCGAGUCUGCUCACGCGAAUUUCGAUGAGCGGGACAAAGAUUCCGAGUGGGAGCCUCUAUUUGGUUCUGCGUACAUGAGAAAUACACUUUUUGAUAUCAAGAAUGUUGGCGUCAGUACGCAUGGUCAGGCUGCUUCUGUUCUAUCCAUUAUCUGGGCUAUCAACUCCAACGCCAUCCCCUGCACAAUCUGGAUCCUCCUCGAAGCUCUCCAACGCCCCGGCCUCAUCCAACGUCUCCGCUCAGAAAUAACCCCAACCUUCCACAAAAACUCAAACGGAGACCUCUCAAUCGACGUCUCUAAGCUCAUCACCGAAUGUCCGCUCCUAACUUCCGUCUACCAAGAAUGCCUGCGAACCCGAGCCUCCACCACCAUCACGCGCCAACUUGACGACGACAUGGAAUCAGAUGGCUAUAUCCUCAAGAAAGGCAAAUUCUUGAUGUCGCCUUCGUGGCUACCGAUGCAUGGACCGCUGUGGGAUGUACCGGGCCACCCCGCGAAGGACUUUUGGCCGGAGCGGUUUGUGGAGAUGCCAAAGCUUGCGCCGAAGGAUGAGGAAGGGAGGUCGAAGUUUGAGAUGGCUAUGAAGCCUGAUAAUUGGUUUCCGUAUGGAGGUGGAAAUAUGAUUUGCACAGGACGGUUCUUUGCCAAGCAAGAGAUUCUGGCUGCGGCUGCGUUGCUAAUUCUGAAGUUUGACUUCGAGCCUAAGGAGUGGAUUAUGCAUGGUGGGAAGAAAUCGAGUAGACCUGCGGCGCCGGACGAGGCUUUUGCUGGAUCGGGGAUUUUGCCUCCUGAUAGAGAUUUGAUGGUUACGAUGCGGAGGGUGGGCUGAGCUCUGGAUCUAGAUAAUGAAUACCUAGCAUUGGAGGCCAAGUACGUCUUCGUUC